GGCGACUGCUUCCUUCUCUCGCAUCCGCUUUCUCGCCCGUGUCACCGUGCCGUCAGGAGGACUCCGACAGUGACGAUUCCAGCGAAGCAGCAGCGGAAGACGAACACAACAGAGACGCACAAGCAGGAGACCAACAGGCAGUGGUCAGUCGCCAACAGGGGACAUCGACAAGCAUGUACGUCGCCAGACGCGUCUCUCUCCACCUGCAAGAUGAUUUUCCGUGGCACGGCCUUCCUCAGAAACGAACAACUGCGAGCACUCAGAUUCUUCAUUUACGAAAUAUUCAACCAAUUCGACCAUGUCAGAUGCAGUUUUGCUUGGAAGGGAGCUGGUAUAUUUGUAAUUGAUGUGUAUGAUGGCAUGUCUUCUGAAUGCAAGCUUCGUCUCAAUAGGAGAUCCUCCAACUUCAGUGUAUUGAAGUUUGACGGAUUGGAGAAUCAGAUGGUAGUCGCUGGAGAUGCAAGGAACUCCCAUGCUUGCAGCGAUGCACUUGGUGGGCAUUCCUUGCAUUUGUCCUGUAGAAUCACGCGGGAUUGGUAUGAACUCAGAAUACAAAUUUUGGGACAUCUAUUAACAUUGAAAGAGAAUGAAUGUGAAGACAAUAUGUGUGCUGGUGUCCUGGGAUUCAUCAGUUGUAUCAGGAAAACCAAAGUAAAACAGGACAUCAUUGUUCUCCAAUAUGAAACUAUAGAGAAGGGACCUGACGUACAUUUGUGUAACACAGUUCAGUAAACACGUCUGGAGACUAUUUCUUCUUCGAGAUUGAUUUACUUGGUGGUGCUAUUGCCCAUUUCCUCUUAACAAGACAUGUGUGAUGUUCCAGAAAAGGAGCUUAUGUGUUGUCUGGUAGCCUUGAUGGUAGUUUUAUACAUGUAGCUGAGGAAAGUGUGCUUGAAGCGCGUCCUGUUAAAAAAAUGGGAAGGGGACCUGUGCUGGUUUUGAGUCAUACUUAUUGGGUAGGCCCUUGCGGUUUUUGCUCUCUCCAUUGCCACGGCCUCGGUCGGGUUGUGAUAAGGAAAAUGACAUAGCGUUGAUGUGGUGCUUCACUGCUAGCUGAAUUUUGCCAUUGCUGGUGCUAGCUGAACUUUGUGGUAGCUAAAUUUUGCUAUCGCUGCUGCUAGCUGAAUUUUGCACAGACAUAAUGCUCAUCUAGACAUGUUUUUCCA